GACACAACCCACCGCCGCCGUCGCCGCCGCCAGCAGCAGUCCCGCUCCACCACCGGCACUGGCGACACAUACUGCUUGCGCCUACAAUUGGAUCGUCCCUUGUCACGACAUGUGCUCCUGAACGACGCCCUCCGCCAGGCUCUAGCGACGAAUGAGACGCGUCGGUCGGCAGUCAUAACAACGCGCUCAUCGAUCCGGUCGCAUACUUCACCACUGCAUCGAACACGCCUUUACCACCUCGACACACGCAUAUUCAACGUCGCGUAGGGCGACUGCAUCCUCUCCUGCCAUCCGCCAUGUUUUACGAAGCGUCCCUCCUCACCAAGACCGGGCCCUUGGCUCGCGUCUGGCUGGCUGCCAACCUGGACAGGAAGCUCACCAAGACCCAAGUCCUGCAUUCGAACCUCGAUACCAAUGUCAAGGAUAUCAUUGGAGAUGCUCAAGCGCCAAUGUCUCUGCGGUUGACGGGCCAGCUGCUGUUGGGAGUCUGCAAGAUUUACAACAAAAAGGCAAAGUACCUCAUGGACGACUGCAGCGAUGCACUGCACAAAAUCAAGAUGGCCUUUCGGCCCGGCAACGUUGAUUUGCCUAGCGAUCAGUCCCACAAGGCCAACCCGGCCGCAUUGACUCUUCCUGAUACCAUUACAGAGCUUGACCUCUUUGCGCCCAUGCCCGAUCCUGAAGAGCUUCUACGGGAACCCGAAGAACGCGCGCCAGGUCAAGACCCCACUCUCCUCGACUAUGGUAUGAGCCAAAUCAUCGACUCUCAGACUCCAACGCGGACACAACAGAGGCGAACUAUGGCUCUCGAUUAUGACGAUCUCGGUCUGGACCUUGGACUUCCUGAUGAAGAACGUGCACGUGGGAGCCCAGACAGCGAUGGCCCGAGCAUAGAACUGGGACGUCGAGCACCAACACCACGACGCGACGAACCUACCCUGCUUGAGGUCGAUGACCUUGGACUCGAUUUCGGAUUCGAUGACACUACACUACGACAGACUACUGAGCAGCCAGAUGCUCCCGUUCUAGGCGGCGACGAGGAUCUCCAGAUGGGCGGCAUGGACGAGGAAAUCGAGAAGGCCAAUGCACACGCUCUCGAGCGUGCAAAAGCUGCUGGUGAGCAACGACAACGAGACUCUGCAUCUCCUCUUUCGUCUGUCCGCAGUAGUGUGGAGCGAGACCUGGAAAGGACAUUUCAGCUCGACCAGGCCAUGAACGAGGAUGAAGACGAAACGAUAGCUCAAGCGCAACAGCGCGUCAAGCGCAGAAAGGUUAUUCGCAUAGAUCACCAUACUGAGUUCUCCAGUAACGAACUCAAGAAGCUUCAGGAGGACCGCUCUGCUAUCACCAAAGCUCCCACAUAUCUGCCGCACGACCCGCUGCUCCUGUCCCUUAUGGAAAUGCAACGGAACGGCACUUUUGUAAGUAACCUUAUGGGCGAUGGAAGUAUGCAAGGCUGGGCGCCUGAGCUGCGUGGCAUCCUAUCUCUGGAAGUCGUUCGCAGUGCAGGUGACAAGAAGCGCAAGCGAGACUCAGGCAUUGCAGAUGUCGACAGUGGCAGCGACAAACAAGCCACUCCCCAGCUAGAGAUUCCCGCCGAGGAUGAUUCUGGUGUACAAGGUGGCGCAGGCGAUCUUGACGCGACAGCCAACGAUGACGCUCCGGUAAUGAUGGACGAUCAAGAUGAGGAACUUCACGAAGACGAAGCCUACGACGCAGGUGUCAACUUUGACAUCACCGAAGCACCUCUCCUGCAUCCCUCACAAUCAGGACCUGUCGCUAUCGGCACAAAGAAAAUGGUCCACAUGCUACGAGAACACUUUGCGCCUGGGCAUCCCACAGAUGCCAACGAGCCCCCGACGCCGAGCAAGCGAGUCAAAAGCUCAGCCCUGUUCACGGAUCUAUGUCCUGAGAAGCAGACCACGCGACAGGACGCCACGAAGAUGUUCUUUGAACUGCUUGUUUUAGGCACGAAAGAUGCCAUCAAAGUUGAGCAGGAAAGCAAAGGACUUGGUCUUCCCAUUCGAGUACGUGGCAAGCGUGGACUGUGGGGUGACUGGGCUGAAAUGCAAUCUGGCGGCGAGAUUGCCAGUCAACAAGAAGACGCGGUCGCCAGAGCCGAAGAGCUCGCAUCAGAAGUUGCGGCCGAGGCGUAGACUUUUGUGCUCAUCUGGUACUUUUGGCUUGACUUGUCUUGGAACUUUGGCCUCAAGAAAUUGGAACAGCGAUGGCGCUGCGGUGUAUGGCGCGAAUUCUUAUCACAUAACGGUGGAAUGGACAACAUGAGCGCAGUAAGCUUAUGGUCAGUACCAGACGAUGUUGGACGGAAGGGGAAUACUUCUUGGAUAUCUUCUUGCCGAGCAGAAGGAAAAGCUUCGGACUUUUACCUAGUAGUUGUGAUAUCCUCUUGAGCGAUUGAUGGAAGAGCAAGAUGGAAUUAGGUAGUAUUGGAUUGGACGAGGUGGAGAAAGAAUCUUGAGCUGUUUCCAGCAAUGACAAAUGAUCUUUU